AUGCAAAGGAGACAUAAUGGUAAAUCGAUAGAUUUAUCCUCUAGUUCACUCUUCAAAUAUAAGCAAUAUAGACCAAAUCUAAUUUCAAAAAAUAAUGCAUUAAUGUCAAAUAAGCAAAUAAAUAUACCAUCCUCAUGUAUAUAUAAUAAAGGACAAAAGAUAACAAGUAGUAUAAAUUUAGGAAGAGAGAGUUUUGUGGGUCUAAAUUGUAGGAUUUAUCUAUAUAGUGAUAGAUGUGGUAAUGGGAACUGUUCUAGAUAUAAGAAUUGUGAUGAUAUUAUAACAAAUUUUGAUCGAGCAAUAUAUUGGAAUAAUAUGGCAUUAGUUGAUAUGCUAUAUCCAGAUGAUGAAGACUUUGUACAAUGUCCUAUAUGUUUAGAAUCUGAUUUGGUAUCUCCAAGAAUAACAAGAUGUGGCCAUAUUUUUUGUUGGCCUUGUAUUCUACGAAACAUAUAUGAAAAAGAUCUGAAAUACUUAUGUCACUGUAAAUGUCCAAUUUGUUUUUCAUCUGUUAUUUUGAAAGAAUUAGUACCUGUAAGAUUUCAACCAAUUAGAGUAAUAAAAUGUGGAAGUACUACAAAUCUAUGCCUAUUAUUUCGGGAACAGUCCGAACCAGUGGCAUAUUUAAAAUCUGAUUAUUUGAGAAAAAUAGGACUCAAGAAAUUACUUUGUGAAGAAGAUUCUGGAGUGCAAUUUCAAAGGAUAUGUUUGCUAAACAAUAGGGAAAAUUUAUUGAGGAAUGAUCUUUUAAUGUUAGAAUCUAAGCGUUUUAAAAUUUUCGAGGAUUCUGAACUAGAGAAUUUGGAAGAUGAGUUAUUUUAUAUUGAUGAAUGUAUAAAUAUAGUGAGGAGUAAUUUCAAAGAUUUUGAUCAAAUUACAUAUAAUAAACAUAAUAUGGAUAAUAAAGGACACAUUUCAAUUGUUUAUUAUAAUGAGAAUGAACUAGCUCAAAUUUUAGCAACUAAUGAUUCAAACAGAUAUAGUGUAAGUACAAGAGGUAGUUUUAGCCUUUCUCCAACAAUUUCUUUAACACAGUCGAGUGAAAAAAUUAGUUCAUCUUCUAUAUAUUAUUUUUAUCAAACAUAUGAUGGUCAAUUAUGUUUUUUAGAUCCAUUUUAUUUGAGAAUUUUAUGUUACGAAUACGGGGAUAUAGAGGAUCUUCCCCCUAUACUGACUGAUGUCUUAGUUAUAGGUAUGAAGGAGUUGGUUUUAGUUGAUAAUAUAAGAAAACAAUAUAAAUAUCUUAAUCACUUGCAACCGGGUUCUAAAAUAUUCUUAUUACAUAUUGAUAUAACCCCAUUUAUAAAAGAUGAGACUAAACAGGUAUUUAAAAAGGAACUUUAUAGAAGAUAUUCUAAAUUGAAAAGUGGAAUUAAAACUAAGAACCAAAUUAUAGGGGACGAAGCUCAUUUUUGUAAUAAAUACCACUUGUUUGAAAGAAGUAAUCAUGAAUUAAAUAGUCUCUUUAAUAAGAAUACUACGAGAAGUGAAUUAAUUAAUUCAACUUUUGAUAUAAAUAAUGUUUUAAUAGAUACUCCAGAAAUUGGAGAAGAUACAAAUAUACAGCUUGAAAAAUAUUUAUUAAAAUGUGAUUCAAAUAAUGAGGUUAGAUUAACGGUAGAGAAUAAAUAUUUUGCAGAUAAUAAUAAAUUUGAAUCUACGGAUGCAGUAUUUCCUACUUUAGUGAAUAACAAUUCUAAUAUAUCCAAGAUAACAAAGAAUACAGAUUCAUUUUUGAAUGCUGUUAAAUUUAGCAAGUUUGAUUAUGACUUCCCAAAGCUAUCUAAAUCUUUUAAUUUAAGAACAAAGUGA